AUGGCAAGGCCUAACAGAGACAUUUUAUCUGGGGGAGAGCGAUAUCGGUCUAGGAAGACUAAAGCCCAUAGAGUUGAAGAAGUGACAUUUGAUAAGGAGAAAAGAAAGGAGUUUUUAACCGGAUUUCACAAAAGAAAGCUUCAAAGGAGAAAGCAUGCAGAGGAGCAGAAAAAGGAGCAAAAUCGUCUUAGCCGAAUAGAGGAACGUGCAAAGAUUAGAGAGGCCCGAAAGCUUAGGGUGCAGCAAAGGCUAACAGAAUUGAAAGAGCUUAAUGAAAAACUAGGAGGUGCAAAUAGUGAUGAUGAUGAUGAUGAUGGUGACGACAGCAGCGAAAGUGAUAAUGAUGACAAAGAUAAUGGCACUACCAAAAGCAGCGGAGACGAUGAGUCUGAUAAUGAAAAUCUAGGCUCAAGGAAGAGAAAGAGAGUGCAUGUCAAGGAGGAUAGCGAGUAUGAAGAAUGGCAUGGAUUUAAGGAAGAAAAUGAGGGCAAGGAUGACAGUAAAGAACUGCAUGAGGAAGAGAAUGAUAGUACAAAUAUGAGGGGAAUACUUAAAGUGAAACAAGUGUACAAUGUGCAGGAUGUCGAUGCCCCAGUUGUUGGAACAUCUGAGGUGACUAUAGAAUCAAUGGAAAACCCAAACGCGGUCGCAGUUGAAGAAAUUGCGAUGCAGAACAACGUGGAUCUUUCAAAGUCAAAGGAUGUUCUAGAGAAAUCUGUUAGUAGGGCUAAAGAAUACGCAAGAUUAAUGGGAAUGGAUGAUGGCGAAAUGGAUGAAGAGGAGUCUAAAAGGAAAAGAAGAAAGAAGAAGCAAAGGAAGUAUUUAAGCAAGAGAGAGAGAAAGAUAAAGAAGGUCAAGGAGAAGAAGAGGUCUAUGCACAGGAAAAACAGGCUGUGA